AUGUCUCUAGGCAUCAGCAUCAUCAUCAUAAUCAUCAUCAUCAUCAUCUCUGUCAUCAUCACAACCAACACCAUCAUCAUCAUCAUCAUCACUGUCAUCACCACAACUAUCAGCAUCACUUGCAUCAUUAUAAUCAUCAUUAUCAUCAUCACUGUCAUCACCACAACCAACACCAUCAGCAUCAUCAUCAUCGUCAUCAUCAUUACUGACCUGUCUGGCUCCAUAGAUGACCUCCCUACAGGUACAGAGGCUGGUCACAGUUCAGCCAUCAGUGCUACAGGCUCCACCAGUAGCCAGGGGGAGCAGAGUAACCCAGCCCAGUCACCCUUCUCACCCCACGCGUCACCCCACCUGUCUGGUCAAGGCAGCGGCCCAUCGUCCUCUCCUGUUGGGUCCCCUGUGGGCUCCAACCAAUCACGCUCCGGCUCUGGCCCCAUCUCCCCUGUCAGCGGCCCAACCACAGCACCAGGUUCCCAGAUGGCCCCCCAGACUCCUGGCAACAUGUUGGAUGUUCCCCACCCCCCCUUGUCCCAGUCCCCCAUGCCUCAGGAAAGGGGCUUUAUGUCCAACAUGCAGAGAAACCCGUCUGGCUCCCAGUUUGCACCACCACCUCAGUCGGGGCCCUCCAUGUCCCCUCACCCCUCUCCUGGUCCUGGGGGACAGAUGUACCCAGGGAUGGGGCCCUACCCCCAUGGUGGCUCCAGUGGCCCCUAUGGACCCCAGGGAUCCCAGGCAAACCAGUAUGGACCCCAAGGAAACUACCCACGUCCACCCAACUACGGCGGGACCCCCAGUGCCAACUACAGCAGCCCCGGGCCCGGCCCUGGCAUGACAAACAGCCAGGGUAUGAAUGCCAGCAGCCCCAUGCACGGCCAGGGUCCCGGGCAGCCUAUGGGCCGCAGUCCUGGUGCGGGCAGCCGCCCCUACCCCAACAUGGCCCCCAGCUCCCCCAGUAUGCCCCAGCCAGCCGGCCCUGGGAUGGGCCCUCCUUCACUGGGCAAUGUCAACCGCAAGGCCCAGGAGGCAGCAGCCGCCGUCAUGCAGGCCGCAGCUAACUCUGUACAGGGCAGACAGGGCAGCUACCCAGGCCCUGGCAUGAACCUGAUGGGAACAGCAGGAUCUGGAGCCCCCUACAACCAGUCACCAGGCAACAACUCAGGCAUGGGCACACCACAGGGUCCGCCCUACAACAUGCCACCCUCAGGGGCCGUGGGGAUGUCUGUGAGUGGGAUGAUGAAUCCUGAUGGGAAGCAGAAAACAGGUGGCAAGGAGGAGAACAUGCCCACCAAUGAACCUCCAAAACUAAAGGAUGGGCACAGUGGAUCCCAGUGUGUCUCCCAACCCACCACCCCUGGUGCCAUGCUUGUCCCCUCUCCCCUGUCCCCCAGCCCAGCCAGCCUGUCCUCUUACCAUGGAGAUGACAGCGACAGCAUCAGCAGCCCCGUCUGGCCAAAGACUCCCUCCAGCCCUAAGCUCAACUCGUCCACCAUGACUAGCGAACGAAUCACGCGCCUGUAUGAUAUGGGUGGGGAGCCGGAGAGGCGUGGCUGGGUGGACCGGUACCUGUCCUUCAUGGAGGAGAGGGGUACACCUGUCCCCCAACUUCCCGCCGUGGGCAAGAAGCCCCUGGACCUCUGCAGACUCUACAUGGCUGUCAGGGAGAUAGGGGGCCUGGCCAUGGUGAACAAGAACAAGAAGUGGCGUGAGCUGUCCACCAAUCUGAGUGUUGGUACCUCCAGUAGCUCCGCCAGCUGUCUGAAGAAGCAGUACAUCCAGUACCUGUUUGCCUAUGAGUGUAAGGUGGAGCGAGGAGAGGACCCGCCGGCCGACAGCAACACUGGGACUGGGGGGGGAAACAGGAAGCAGGCCAAGGUGCAGCCACCCUCUCCUGCUAACUCAGGGUCCCUUCAGGGCCCCCAGACCCCCCAGUCAUCAGGCAGCAGCUCCAUGGCAGAGAUGUCAGGUGACCUGAAGCCUCCCACCCCAGCCACCACCCCCCAGGGACAGGUCACCCCCAUCCCAGCCAGCAGGAGCAGUGUUGUGAGUGUGCAGGACCCGUUCUCUGAGGUGAGCGACCUGGUCUUCCAGAAGCGUAACUCCCUCCCCCUGGGGGGCUCUGGGGGUGUGUACCAGCAGGGGGUCAACAUGCCCCCUAACAUGAUGAUGAGGAUGCAGUACGAGAAGGACCCCUUCGUUGGCAUGAGAAAGGUGGCAGGAGGGGAGCCCUACAUGCCAGGCCAGAUGACCAGUGGUGGCAUACAGGAUAUGUAUGGCAGGUCUACAUCAGGCAUGGGCCAGCGCUCCCAGUACCCAUAUGGACCAGGCUACGACAGGAGACCAGACCAUCUGAUGGGGAUGGAGGGGAGCAUGGGCCCCCCCGGGAACCAGAGCAACAUGGGACCUUCCAACAGCGAGGGCAGCAUUUACUCUCCCAACAGAUACCCCUCCCAGCAGAGACACGAAGGCUACGUGCAGCAGUACCCUGGCAUGUCAUAUGGAAUGCACCCCUCAGGGAUGUACCCUCAACAACAGCGCCCCAUGGAGGGCAUGUACGGGUCCCCAGGCAAGAGACAUGAGGGGGAGAUGUACAGCCCCCCAGCAAAGAGACAUGAGGGGGAGAUGUACGGCCCCCCAGCAAAGAGGCAUGAGGGGGAGAUGUACGGCGCCCCAGCAAAGAGACAUGAGGGGGAGAUGUACGGCCCCCCAACAAAGAGACAUGAGGGGGAGAUGUAUGCCAUGCAGUAUAGGGGCCAGCAGCCUGACAUGUACAACCACUACACCACUGGUUACUCUGGACCUGAGAGGAGGCCCAUGCAGGGCCAGUUCCCCUACCCUUCCCCCUAUAGCCGAGAGCGCAUGCAGGCCUCUGGCCAGGGGCAGCACCCCCAGCACCCCAUGGGCCCCCAGAUGAUGUCCGGGGGGCCACCCUCUAACAACGGAGUGGAAGGACCCCAGGGGCCCAACAUGUGGCCCUCCAGGACAGACAUGGGUUAUCCCUACCCCAACAGACAGGGGGCACCCUCUCAGGUACCGCCAUAUGGUCCUAUGGGGAGAGGAGAUGAUUUGGAGGGCCGACCCAUCCAGGAUGGUCAGUGUCUUGGGCACGGAGGCCAUCGCCAGUCCUCCUACAUGUCAGGUGGUAUGACCCCCAUGUCCUCCCGCCAGCCCCCCUCUGCAUACCAGACCUCCCCCUCCAUGGCCAACCACCUGCCCCGAGCCCCCAGCCCCGGCUCCUUCCAGCGCUCCAUGGAGGCACGCAUGUCCCCCAACAAAGCUGUCUUUAUGGGCUCCAUGAAGAUGCCAGGCAAACCAGGGAUGCCCAUGCCAGGGCAGGGUAAUGGGCACCCAGGCCAAGUCGCACCUAACCUGCUAAGAGAUCUCAACUACCCUCUAGGAUCUGUAGAGGCCACCAUGCCCGUUUUCAAGCCACGUCGCAAAAUUACCUCAAAAGACACUGGAACCCCAGAGGCGUGGCGAGUGAUGAUGUCUCUGAAGUCAGGUCUGCUGGGUGAGAGUACGUGGGCCCUGGACACCAUCAACAUCCUGCUGUAUGAUGACAGAUCUGUGGCCUCCUUCACCCUCACACAGUUGCCUGGCUUCCUGGAGCUGAUAGUGGAGUACUUCAGACGCUGUGUGAUGGAGAUCUUUGGCAUCCUGGAGGAGUAUGAGAUAGGGACCAUCGGCCAGAAGACCCUCCUUGGGGCUGAAGGAACGAAGGAGGAAUCUGAAGCCGAGAUGAAGGUAAAGAAGGAGGAGGGGGAGAAAGAAGAGGAGGGGGAGAAAGAAGAGGAUGGGGAGAAAGAAAAGGGGAAAGAGAAUGAGGAGAGUGAAAAGCCAACCGAGAGUAAGGAAGCCUCAGCUGAAAGUAAGGAAGACUCUCCUUAUCAGGCUCCUUCAGAGCACGAGCCAAGGCCACAACAGGCCAGCAAGUACGAUAAAUUCCCCGUCAAGAUCCUGCACAAAGAGGACCUGAUUGAGGACAUGACAGAGCAGCUGGGCCACGUGACAGAGUUCACUAGCGGACUGCUCCACUGGCAGGCAGGCGGGGGUGAUUCCACCGCCCACAUCCAGGCCCACUUUGAGUGCAGGGGAGAGCACCCUGACAGGAUGGAGGGAGAGAGAAAGGAAUGUGCCAGUCUCAAUAAAGAACAGGACACACAGGGGGGAAAGCAGACAGAGAAGGGUAUCACUGCCACCAUCGAUGAUAUACUGUGUGCCCGGUUAGGGGCUUUGUCAGAGGGCCACCCUACCCACUCUGCCCCCACCUACCCCUUCAGACUGCACCAGGGAGGGGGCCACCAGCACAUCACCCUGCUAGAGGACGAGCCCCGCUGUCUGGACGAGGCUCCCCUCUCCACGUCCUCCCCCUGGCAGGACUCCCUGGCCAAACGUUGCCUCUGUGUGUCCAACAUCAUCCGCAGCCUCUCCUUCAUUCCUGGGAACGACUCAGACAUGUCCCGUCACCCAGGCCUGGUGCUGAUCCUGGGCAGACUGCUGCUGCUACAGCACCAGCACCCAGAGAGGAAGAGGACGCCCCCUAGCUACCAGAGAGAGGAGGUGCAGGAGCGGGGCCUGGCCUGCAGUAAGGACGAGUGGUGGUGGAACUGUCUCGCUACACUCAGGGAGAACACCUUGGUCACUCUGGCUAACAUCUCUGGCCAGCUGGACCUGUCCCUCUACCCUGAGACCAUCUGCCUGCCCAUCCUGAACGGCCUGCUCCACUGGAUGGUGUGUCCCUCUGCCGAGGCCCAGGACCCCUUCCCCUCAGGCACCCCCCACUCGCCCCUCACCCCCCAGAGACUGGUGCUGGAGUGCCUUUGCAAGCUGAGCAUUCAGGACAACAACGUGGACCUGCUGCUGGCCACGCCGCCCUUCAGCCGCCAGGAGAAGAUGUACGCCACCCUGGUGCGCUACGUGGGCCAGCGUAAGAACCAGGUGUACCGCGAGAUGGCCGUGGCCACCCUAUCCAACCUGGCUCAAGGAGACUCUACGGCAGCACGUGCCAUCGCCAUACAGAAGAAUAGUGUGGGUAACCUGAUGGGCUUCCUGGAGGAUGGAGUGAGCAUGGCCCAGUACCAGCAGAACCCCCACAGCAUGCUGCACAUGGCCCACCACCCCCCCAUGGAGCCCCCCAGCAUUAACAUGAUGUGUCGGGCUGCCAAAGCUCUGCUGGCUAUGGCCAAGGUGGAGGAGAACAGGCCAGAGUUUGUCCUGUAUGAGGGACGAAUCCUGGACAUCUCCAUCUCCUCUGUGCUCAACCAAGGGGUGACCAGCAUCAUAUGUGAAGUACUUUUUCAGUUUGUAAAAAAAUUAUGACAGCAGGGUAGACGGACCUGAGCCAAGAGACAGACAGAGAGACGAUGAGAGGAACACGUUAUUCUGUGGUUUUAUAUUUUUAUUUAAAUGAAAUGGAAGAACUUUUUUUUUAUAUAUAAAUAUAUAUAUAGCUCCUCUGCCCCCAUUAACGCUUUGGUUUUGGGAUUUGAAAGAUGAUUUUAAUACAGAUAUUUAAUACCUGCUGUUGUUUAAGUGUAUAUUGUUUGAAUACUUAUUUUUCCUUUGUUUUCUUUUGUUUAACCAAAGCUGGUGCCAGAUUUUGGAGAGGAUUCUUUCAUUUCAUUUUUCUCUUUUGAAAUGUUUUGGAAUUGUAUAAAUGUUCAUAUCUUUAUUGACCGUAUGUGGUUUGUUUUGUUUACAAAGAUCAUAUUUAUUUAAAUUGUGAAAAAUAUUGUAGAUAAAACUUAACUUGCCAAACUUUCAGAAAAAGAGAACACUGAUUUUAAACAAACAUGUAAAUGUUUCAAUUGCAGGAGAAAAAUGUGCAAUAGGCCUAGUGCAAGUUGUCUGUUCAUGGCACUUGCAAUAUGUAAUUUUGACCAUGGGUAGGCAGUGUUGCAUCAGCCAGUUAGAAAAAAUUGAAAAGAUUGUCCUCAUUUUAACAGUGUCAAAUGUUUGACUUGCUUCAUUGUUGUCAAUCAUUGCUACUACAUCCGGGAGUCAAGUUUCACAAAAGAACAGUAUCUUAACCACUUGUGUUGCAUUUGUUUUAUUUCCUUUUUAACUCAAGUUGGCACUAUGUACUGUAUAUACUGUACUGUAUAUACUGUACUGUAUAUACUGUACUGUAUAUAAUGUACUGUAUAUACUGUACUGUAUAUAGACUGUUGUACAUUGGAACCACUUUCACUUUUCUUUGAGUUUUGGUUGACUACAUUCACUAUCAAAAAAAGUUUCAGAUUAUUACAACGACUUUUUAUUAUUGGUGAGAUUUGUUAUUGUUAUUAUACAUAUUUUGUUAUUGGGGUCAGAUAUUUGAACCUGGAGGUUGUGUAGGUCUCUGUAUGUAUAACGUUCCUCUACGCAUUGUACUAUAGCUUCAAGCUGAUCAAAACAAUAUUUGGUGAUCAAAUGUGAAAGUGCCAGGGUCAGGGAUAACUAGCUGAGGUUACAGAACUUGUGAAUAUAUUUAUUUUAUUGUAUGUCCUCCAUUCAUGUAAAUGGGUAUAUUUUUGAGCCAAGACAAUGUAGUUCAAAAAUAAACCUCAGAAAAGAACCCACAACACACACAAAAUAUGACAACUUAUUGUAAAUCUGCCUUUUUUCUUCUGACUCAUUGACUGUCUUUGACUUGAUAUACAUAUUUAUACUCUGUGUUCCAGCAUGUUAUGAAUAAAAUGUACACUGACUAUUUGAGAGCUUGGGACUGUAACGUUCUAUCUGCAAAAAGAGCGCACACUGGUGACUGUAACUGUGCUGCUAGCAACAAUUGAAUUACGCUUUUUUCCAACGUUUAGUGACAACGGCCCUAUUCAACGGGUGUUCGUAAAUUCGUCAGUUAUUCUGUGCCCUGGCACACUCUGAAAUUGGAGUAGAUGAACAGAGUGAAUUUACAAACGCACCCUGUAUAGCUAGAGAACAUUGAACAGAACAAAAUGUUGAUCAAAUUGGAUAUAGAACUUUAUAGUCCCAAGCU